AUGAGCAUUCGGCCAGAUCACCAGUCUAAACAGCCCGUCUUCCUGGAAAAAGAGGCACUGAGACAACCACCGUCUUCGUUCGCAGAGCCAGACAGGGGAAACGCAACAUGGCACACGCUCCUGUCUGCACCGACCACUGCAAGCUCAUCCCUGAGCGCCGGCAUCGCGGAGUGCCCGGCCAACGGCUUCCUCGCCCUGCACAGACACAAGCAGGCCGAGAUGUACUACAUCUUAUCCGGCAGGGGGGAGGUGGAGGUCGAUGGAAAGAGACAUCGCGUACGUGAUGGCAUGUUGAUCUGGAUUCCGGGAGAUGCUGAGCACGGCGUUUUCUGUGGCGACGGCGAGCAUUUGAGGUGGCUUUAUGUGUUUCCUGAGGGCAGUUUCGAGGACGUUGUGUAUCGUUUCACAUGA